AUGUCCGCCUUCUCAGGCGCCCAAGGCUUCGAGGCCAUCAGCGCCUCCCAGCAGCGCGAUCGCGCCGUCGGCACCAUCGCCGGCACCGGCCUCGCCCCUCGCACCUCUCCCUCGUCCUCUCCAUCCCGCCGCAGGACGAUCCCGAGUGCUGCCGUCCUCUGCACGGACAUCAGCGCCGAGUACGCCCACGCCCUCCACCACCCCCGCUCCGCGGCAACAGCAGCGACGUCCUCGGCGACGCUCCCAUGGGCGGCCCGCCUCGCCGCCAUGACCAAGACCCUGCGGCGCGUCAUCGCCGACACGGUGCUGUACGCGGUGCCGCCGAGCGAGGCGGGCAAGCUGACACUGCGGCGGUCCAGCGACAACCGGGAAGUCACAGUGUGA